UGACCGCUUGCACCGGUGUCGAUGCCAGGGCUAUAUGUGUCAAACAUAGGUAGGCAUGUUAACAGUACGUGCGGGGGUUGUCGACAACUGCCUGAUGGAGUCUGGCCAAAUUUGCGUUCUUGUGAGCCAAGCUACGCAGCGUAACCCACAAUGUUGCCCCUACUAGUGGAGUAUUCUCAGUCCUGAAAAUUCUCUGAUGCUGUUUUCAUCUACAAUUGUUUCCUCUGCCAAGACACGGGGUAGCGGGGCGAGAGGGCCAAUGCUCUCGACAUCACUACCACCACGACGGCUACAUGGCAUAUCUCUUGGCCAUGCAAAGCCGACAAGCAACCCCCUCUUUUCCUCCCAACCCCCGCUAAACAUUGGCCCAGACCUGGCCAUUACGAGUAUGGACCAGAAAGGCUUGAUUCUCGGGGCCAUGUGCACAGUGCUCGCUUGCUUCUGCAUGUCGCUGCGUGCGGAGCUUGUUUUUCUUGCUCGUACGCGCCAUGGCAACACUCGAUGCUUGGCCUGCGCUGCCAAGCCGCGACCCGAAAUAAGCUUGUUGGACAAGCUUGCAGAUUUUCGUCACGGCCAAGCCGAAGGCGAGCGGGGGUGGGCGAGAAUUUCUUCUGCAGACAAUGGGUGUGAGGUGAUGUCCUACACCAAGAAGAGGCCAAGCGAACGCGGAUUGAGCGUCGUCGAGAUGAGGGGUUGGGCGACUGUGGCAAUCGUGGAGAAUGGAUGCAUGGAAGGAGUCAACGGGCAGGUAGACCUGAAGUAUGUCACAUUGCCACUUGACGAUGAAGUGUUCGUGUAUCGUCCAAUCCCGCCCCCCCGUGGAUCUCAAGAGGCUUGAUUGACUUUGCGGCUUGCUGUCUGGAGGAUAAGGUCCUCCAAGGAGAGUCGUUGACGAUAUCAUUAGCCUUGACCGAAAGGUUACCCGGCCUAGUCUUUGCCUACUCUUGGCUACUCUCCUUCACCGACGGCCGAGGAC